AUGCCAUCAAAAAUCCUUAAAGAUGCGUCAUGGAAUGCCGUCGCUGUCCAAGUGAAGCUCAAUAGGAAAGAAACUGCGAGAUGCUUCAAUGCUUACGCCCGUAUCGUCCGCAUCCCUGGACGCUUGGCGCUUACGGCCGAACAACAUCUGCUGCUCGUCUGUCUAUGUAUCAGUCUAUGUUCCGGUCUUUUCCUUGCGCUGCUCGAUACCAGUAUCGUAGCAACAGCUCUUUACACCAUUGGUGUUGAAUUCAAUUCUCUCAACUCUGUUUCAUGGAUAGCUCUCGCAUAUACCCUAUCCUAUUUGGGCUGUGCUGUUUUAUUCGCACGAAUUGGUGAUAUUGCUGGUCGAAAGAAUGCAUAUAUUGCAGCAUUCAUUAUAUUCUUCGCAUUCUCAAUUGCAUGCGGGUUUGCGCAAACACUCAACCAACUUAUUGCAUUCGGAGCUUUGCAAGGCAUAGGCGGUUCGGGUCUUUAUUCUCUGACAAUGGUCAUCUUCCCUGAAAUCAGUCCCCCGGGAAUGAGGAGAUGGAUUGGAAGUUUGGCUGGCGCAGUGGUUGCAAUGAGCGGAGUGCUUGGUCCGGUCAUCGGAGGUAUCAUUACCCAGUACACAAGUUGGAGAUGGAUAUUUUGGAUAGAUGCACCAAUCGGAAUCGUGCCUUUAAUAUUAUUCUAUCUCGUCUGGCCAAAUGAAAAUCAACUUCAUCAAUCCAAACGUAGACCUCUUCGGCAACUUGAUCUUGUCGGGGCAUGUAUUUUGAUCAUAGCUUCUAUCCUUUUCGUCUUUGCAUUCCAAGAAGCAGGUCUCAAGACAAAUUCUUGGAAUAAACCACUAUUCCUGAUACCCGUAAUAGUGGGAAUAGUCUUUUGGAUCUUACUAUUCGCUUGGGAAUUCAUAGUGCAGAGAAAAUGGGAAGAAAAGCUCGCAACGAUGUUCCCAUGGAGACUCAUCAAGAACAGAGUCUACAUGUUCGGUUUGUCCACGACUUUACUCAUGGGAUUUCCUUACUUUGUGGUAAUUUAUAGCUUGCCGCUACAAUUCCAAGUUGUGAAUGGGAAGAGUCCGUUAACCGCAGGACUGGGACUAUUAUCUAUGUUAAGAUCAACAGCUAUAGCGAGUUUUCUCGGUGGAAUGCUUAAUGGAACGAAAAACAGAGUAUUUUUGACUCUACUCGUGGGAUCUGGACUGAGUGUUAUAGGCACUAGUUCGCUAUCUACAUUAGCGAAUACUGAAUACGUGGAAGCUAAGACCUAUGGCUUUUUAGUAUUUGUUGGGCUAGGGUUUGGAUUGACAGUAUCUACAGUAUCGAUGCUAUCAAACUACGAAUCAUCCAUCCGCGACCACGCGGUCGUACAAGGCAUCACAUCGCAAGCACGUAUUCUAGGCGGCAGCAUAGGAAUAGCAGCCAGUACCGCUAUUCUCAGUUUAGCACAACAAACACAAUUAAAUGGCAUCGUGAGUCCGGAACAACUUGCUUCAUUAGAGUCUUCGGCAAAGACAAUGACAUAUGCGCAACUCCAUGCAGUGGGACAAGCUUACUCAGAUUCUUUUAGCGAGGAUAUGAUAGUAUAG